AUGGAUAUGGAAGCAGAAUUCGAGGAUUUCCAGAAGAAGAACACCCCUUCUUUGAUUGGGUCUUCUGUCAGAAACUCCAGCACUCCUAGUGGGGACUUAGACAAAGACGAGCCGGAAUCGAUCAUUCUUGAUCGUGCUCGUUCCAGCUCUAGACCCGUCAUCAAAUCCAAUCCCUCAACCUCUCAUAUUGGAUUUGUGUCCGUAGAGGAACUCAAAGCGGAAGGUGGACUUCUCAACGACGAGGAGGGAGAGGUUCUUGACGAGAUCCUUGACAAGGAAGGACAUCUGAAAAAAGACGCAUUGCAACUGAAAGAGCGGCUGAAGACUGAAGAGGAAGGCGUCUCGAGCUACAUUCAGUCUCCCGGCAGCGAGGUUUCCUCUGAGUCUGUACGUGAAAAGGAGCAUCUGGUUUUUGGCGGUGAUGCGGGAAAUUUUGUGGCGCCUGCUGCUGCCAGCUCGAGUCACUCAACUGAUUUCAAAUACGACAAUUCUCCUAGAGAGCCUCCAAAACCGGAGAAAAAAGACCGCGAUCUGAUAGAGCCGGGAAAACUCACUACUGUCGACGAUAUUCUGCAGAGAAUUAACCAAGGAAGCAGGGAAUUAACCGAAGAGCCGGAAAACACGCCAAGACUAGAGGCCAAGGUGCAUCCAGACAAAAUGUCAGAACCCUCAGCCUAUUCGGCUGAAGUGGACCAGCUCCUGACAGCGCCCGCCAGUAUGAGAGAAGGAUCGAGCUCAAGACUAAUGAGAGAGAGACAGAGAUCGCGCUCGCGUCCCGCAGACAGCUCCGGAUCACCAUUCAGAGAAGGCAUAGGAAUGUACAGACCGCAUCUGGCAAAGGGUGAUUCCUACCACAGCGGUAUCUCGAACGAUGAGUACAGUCAGGGCAGUGUGAGCAGCGAUGCUCCUGUGGAAAGGAAACCAAGACAUGAUCCUGGGUCGGUCAGAAUUUCAAGCUCUUCGUCUUUGAACUACUUACGUUCCAUCUCAAGAUCCAGGUCAAGAGCCGCCAAUGACAAAGAUGCGAUAGGCAAAGAUAGGGGUGUUGACCAAAACGAACUGAAAGAGGAAGGUGUCCUCAUGCACGAUGGCGAUUUUUCCCAACUGCCCGAUUACGAAGAUGCAAUCACUAACGCCCUGAAUAUUGUCGAGAAUACUAAAAGUGUGAAAGACGGAUCUAAAUUUGGGAGGCAUAAGGAGAACAUCGUGAGUGACCUGCAAAACUCUUUGAACUCAAGGGAUUUAGGAGAACUGAACGAAGCCGAUGAGGACCGCGAUAUCCUGAAAGAGAAGAAAAAUGAGCUUGAAGCAUUGAACAAGGUCGGGAAAGAUGAUAGCGUUCCAGCUAAUGUACAGUCUGACACUGAUAGCAAGAACACUGCCUCUAAGGACUUGAAUGCUGAAAAUAUUGACAAGAGCUCUGUCUCUGUUCAAAAGUCGACGGAUGAAUUAAAAGAUGAGGUGACUAAAACAGAAAUCUCAGACGAGAAGCUUGCAGGACGGCCAGAUAUAGUAGUUGAAAACCACGAAGGGGAACAGCACGAAAGCACUUAUCCUGACGAGGAGAAGAGCGAUCAAACACAAGACAAGAAGGUUAGUGAUGAAGAUACUGUACCGCCAAAGUCAAUAGAGAAUGAUAGCGACCGCCUGCCCCAUGAAAACCACGUUGAUGAUAAUGACGAACUAUCUACCAAAACUUCUGAGAAUGAAGAUACUGUCAAGCAACUUGGACAACCUUUGGACUCAUUAACGACAAACCUAGAGGCCACCACUCUUGCAGACGCACCAGAGAAACAUACGUCUGAUAUUGAGGGGCUUGUCGAGGAAAGCAUCGAGAAAAAAGUCUCUGUUCAGCAAGAUACGCCCAUGAAGGAUGAAGCAACAGCAACUGAGCCAAUCAAAGAGAAGGAUGCACCAGUCUUGGGCACUCAUGCGGGAAAGUCUGCUUCUGCUUCAUAUGACGACGAUGACGACAUCGAGGAACUCCUGAGGGCUGUUGAAAAGGAGCAGCCAAGUCAAUCAUCUACCAGCACCGGAAAUAAGGAUUCCGUUUAUGUUCCCAAGGGAACAAAAAUGACAUUUGAGGACGAGCCUGUGUACAUUUACACAUCUUUGGCAGGUGGCUUCCAAAUUGCUACUCGAACAAACAGACUACAGACUAUUUUGACCGCCAAUCGGGUAAAAUUUGGAUUCAAAGAUUUGGGAACUGACGAACAAGCCAAAAAAGUUUGGAGACGUUACAGCGAAGGAAAGACUCUUCCUGGAAUAGUUAGGGGUAAGGACGAUUUUAUUGGCAACUGGGAAGAUGUUGAAGAAGCCAAUGAAAACUAUGCGGUUAGAUCUUUGAUAUACGAAACAUACUAA